GUUGGUACGGAGAGCUGGCUCUGUCAAGAAACCUCAGUGUUCGGGAGCCCGCGGUGGCAACUUAUCUCUCCGGGGAAGACGUUUUACGUCAUCUUUCGCCUGAAGUUUGUCUCCGAAGUUGCCGAUUUAAUGGUUCUGGGACAUCUCUUGGCUAAGGACACCGUUGGCAUGCUGGAUGUUUGAGCUUUUCUUCCCACGAUGCACCCCUGGCCGAAGGUGGCCUGGGUCCUACUGCCAGUGCUCCUCUCGGAUUGGCUAAAAACUGCCCUGUCCCGCGACUUCACUGUCAAAGACAUUGUCUACCUCCAUCCAUCAACCACUCCCUAUCCCGGGGGCUUUAAGUGCUUCACCUGUGAGAACGCCGUGGAUAACUUUGACUGCAACCGCUGGGCACCCGAUAUGUACUGCCCACGAGACACGAGGUACUGCUACACAAGUCACGAGAUGGACGCCGUCGGUGCCAGUGUGUCGGUGACCAAGCGCUGCGUGGCCCUCGAUGAGUGUGCUCACACUGGGUGCACAGACGUCCUUCAGGAAGGACACAGGGUCUGCACCGCCUGCUGUGAAGGAAACAUCUGCAACAUGCCGGUGCCCAGGAAUGAGAGUUCGGCCAUCUUUGCCACCACCUCCCCCCUGAACAGAACCAGCGGCAUCGCCCAAGACUGGACCGUCUGGCUGAGCCUUUUCUUCCUGUUCAUACACAGUGUCUCGUCAUAAGGCCAAGGCUAGAUGGAGAGGUUUAAGUUAUACUUUUUUGAUAUUGCUAAAUUAUUGUUUGUUUGUUUAUUGUUUUGAGACAGUAUUACAUUUUUGUGUUGUUUUUUAUUCUUAACAAUUUAUAAAGACAAGUGAAUGAGCCAGUUUUUAAACGUACAGUCUAUCGUGGUCAAACAUGGUGAAACUACUACUAUGAAAAAAGAAAUGAUCUAGGUUUGUUACAUAUGUACAUAUAUAAUAUUUAUUUUUUUACAAUGUAGGUACAGUACUUCUGGCAAUACUGCAUGGAGAUUAUUGCUUGUAUCAUGUGCCAAACCUUUAUCAUGCGUUCUCUUAGUAUUAUUUAAACAUUGUUAGCGCUUAAGGAUAUUUUUAUUUGCUGUAGUGUGUGUCUGGUUUUGCCCAUAAAUGAAACUACAGUAAUUUCCCGCAUAUAAGCCGCAUUGUGUAUAAGCCGCAGGACAGUGUUUAAUGCAAGAUAAAAGAAACAAAACCAUAUUAAUACCAUAUUAACUGUCCCUGUGUAUUAACCUCAUAGCUGAAGACAUUUUGCAAAAUCAAUGUAUAAGCCGCGGCUAAUAGUCGGGAAAU